UUAAUAAUAAUCCAUUCAACUUAACAUUAUAUAGUAGAGCACAAAGAACCCACAUUGCAGCAUAUAUUUCUCCACUUCCUUUAACUACCAUCUCUUUGUACAAAGUAUUAUUAUGUCGUUUUGCCAUUGAACCCUCAAAUUCUGAUCAUCAGUUCUCUGCUUUCUUCACAGACUUGCCCUCCCAGUGUGUGGACUCUGUGUGAUUGUGUCAUGGGAAAUGUAGCACUAUGUGCACCUUCAAUCAUCUCCAGUGGUGUAGUGAAAGUUUUAUUUAGUGAUGGAAGAUUGGUAAUCUACACAAGGCCAGUGAAGGCAGCUGAACUUAUGCUGGAAAACCCUGGUCAAUUUGUCUGUGAUUCUUCCCAUCUAAAGAUCGGUCAUCGAAUUCCAGGACUCUCAGCUGAUGAAGAGCUUGAAGUUAGGCAAAUUUACUAUCUUCUCCCCAUGGAAAUGCUGUAUUCGGUCCUGACAAGUGAAGAAAUGGGCUCUCUGAAUGACAAGUCUUCCAAAGCAUUCAAACAAGGAAGUUUAAGCUUUUCAAAGAUUUUUCCAGUUCUUGGUGAUUUCUGCCUGUUUCCAUUAACUUCAGAAACCAGUAAGAAUUUGGACUCUGCCACAAAUGGUCCAGAGCCAGCGGAAAGGUAUGCAAGACAGAGAUCAUGGAAACCUGCAUUGGAGACCAUCAUUGAAGCGCCAACGCCACCAUAUGCCUAGGCAUUGAUGAUGAGUAUUUUCUUGUUUUUUCUCUCUUUUUUUUUUCCCCUCCUCUUGAAUAUUUUUAACCUUUUAAUAUACUUACUUCUUAAUGCUUAGUUGAUGUGAUGUAAUUAGAGUGUGAAUCUAGGUUAUCCAUGAGUUUAGAUCAAUGUAAUGUACUUCUUUCAUGAAGCACUAUGAUUAUGAGAUCAAUGAUUUUUGCAUAAUAUUGACUGACAAGAAGACAA